GAGGUGAAACAGUUCCACGUUGAGGCUCAAACUCCGGGCGGCAUCCGCGUCCGCCGCUCUUUGUGUGUUUCCAGCCCGACGGUCCCCCAAACGGUGUUUGUUUGUUUUCCACACCGCGAGAAUGACGUUCAGGGUUAAAAAGGUGAACUCCAGCGGGCUGGAGAACGGAAGCGCUCACCGAGACAGCGACAUUUAUUUCCCCUCAUCAAAGUCGGACAGCUGCAGGACCGCAGAUCCAUCGAGCAAGUCCUCGGAGAUUUACAACUACAAGACCCUGGCUUACUCUGGAGGGACCCUGCCGAGGAACUUUAAAAAAGGCGGCGGGCCGCUGAAGUGGAAACCUGUGACGACGUCACCAGAACCGCAGAGGAAGGUGGUGGUUCUCGAGAAAUCUGAUGAGGAGACUUUCGGUUUUGAGAUUCAGACUUACGGCCUCCACCAUCAGGACCAAAACUCGGUGGAGAUGUGCACGUUUGUGUGUAAGGUGCACGACAACAGCCCCGCCCAGCAAGCUGGACUUAAAGUUGGAGACACCAUUGCCAGCGUGAACGAGGCUUCGGUGGAAGGAUUUCUUCACAAAGACAUCGUUCAGCUCAUCAGGGCGUGCGGCAACAGUCUUAGGCUCGACACGGUUUACAGCGACUCCAUCCGAAAAGCCGAGCUGGAGGCCCGCCUGCAGUAUCUGAAGCAAACACUUCAUGAGAAAUGGGAUGAAUAUCGCUCAUUGGUGGUUCAGGAGCAGAGGCUUUUUCAUGGCAUCGUGAUGAGUGAUGCUUCUGUGUACGAGUCCCUGGAGUCAGCAGGUGUGUACGGCAGCCUCGGCACUCCCAGUCCCGGGGUUCAGAGGGCCCUGCGAGGCACCGGCAGCACAAGCAGCAGCGCCAGCCUCCUCAGCGCCGCCACCGAUGACGACCCCCUGUAUCAAACGUGCCUCUAUCAGUCAGAUGGAAACAUAGACUCUGAAAAAACAGGCAAGGAACAGCAACCCCCAAAGAGGCAGCAGCGUCUCCGACCGACCAGCGAAUUCUUUUCGACAGCCAAGACCCACCUGACCCGCAGCGCCAGCACUCGCAGCUACGUGAAGGAGUCCUCCUCCUCCUCGGGGGACAAGCAGGGACCGCUGAGGAGGAAACCCAAACAGAAGAGCUUCCGCAGGCGCAUCCUCAAAUUUAUCCCAGGCUUGAACCGACCGCUAGAGGAGGAGGAGAGCAAACUAUGAGCGUCAGACAUGCCUGUUUAGCAAAAAAACAAACCCAAGGACUUCCUAAAGCGCCAAAGACUUAAAACUAAAGUGUGAUUAAGACGCCCCCAAAGAAUAAGGAUGGUAGACCAAAGUCUUUGCUUGAAUGGGUCGAUCAACAAACAUUGGCUACAGUCAGUAGCUGUCAGUGUUUCCGACCUGUAUAUAUAUAUAUGUUUUGUUUAUCUUGUUUCUAAGUUAUUUAUUUAUUUUUACACGUUUUUGUUUAUGUACAAAAGAAGGAGAAGGACAUUGUGUUGGGUUGGUUUUUGUUUGUUUUGUUUUUUUUUGCCUACACACUUUUGGACCCCAGAAUAAGACUGCAGUAACUGUGACUGAACAACAUGUGAUUUUGUAAGAGAUCAGCUCAUUCGUUGAUUCAGGGCCUCCUUUAUUUUUCCACCCAAGUCAACGGUUUCUAAAAAUAAAAAAAUGUGGCAUUUGCA